GUGUACAUCCCUUACAUAAAAUACGUUACUGUAUACUAUGGUGGAAUAGAUAUAUCUCAAAAUAAACAUAUAAAUUCACUUCUUUAUGAGCAAUGCCACACCCUACAUAAAAAGAGAUUAUUUUAAGUAAUCGUUUACAUCAUCUUCUACACUUACUUAAGUUUUUAUUAGAUUCAAUAAAGAUUUAUAGUGGCCUAGGCAGCUAGGUUUCGAUCACUAAACUGGUUACACCGUUAUCGAACUUUCGCAUCCAUUUGAUUAUCGCAGUCCUGACGCUACCUAAGAAAAAGUCAGGUGAUAUCUCCGUGUGAAGUUUGAAGAGACAGCUAAUAUAAAAUGAAAACUGUUUUUCAAGAUAAAUUUACAGCUUCGGAUUAUCAGUAAAUCGUCUACUUACUUAUCGUCGACAAUAAGUCAUCAUGAGAGAGAAUCACUAACGCUUAAUAGGAUUGGAUGAGUUACCGUUAUAAAAUUAAAUGAAUUCAACUAAGUACCACUUGACAUUUAAAACAGUGACAGUUAAACAUUUAAUUUGGUGUAUUAAAUUCUUUUUUAAAUUCUAAUCGUAUAUAUCGGCAAAUAAAAUGGCUGAAGGGCAGGGUAAAGGAAACGUUAGCCUCUCACAAACAAAUCCGGAGGUAUUUACUGCAGAGCCUAGGCCAGGAGGUUAUGUUAAAGCAACUAAGACUUUCGCAGACGACAGUUCAUCUAGCGAAAGUUCUAGUAAAGUCAGCAAGAUUGGAAGUACUGGGUCAAGAUGUACAUGCAAAGCAACCAACGCACCUGAAUCAACGGAUGACGGGGUAAUGACGCCUAGUUAUCUUCUCUUGAAAAAGUUAUCACAAUCGAGAGUUUCUGAAGAUCCUUGUAAAAUACCCACAGACUGCUCUUUGGAUGAAAGCUCAUCACGACCUUUAGACCCAAAAAUCCAGAGUACAAAAAUGCUCGCAAUUACUAUAAGUUGCGUAAUGCUUUUGGCUUCACAAGCAGAUGUAUCCCUUGAGAAUCUCACAAUCGCAGAAUCUUACCUUGACUGCAUGAGAGAUGAAAAUGGAGACUAUCCUCCUAAUAUUGAAGGAAUACUGAAAAAAAUAUGUGAUCUAAAGAAAAAUAAAUCACCUCAAGAAGAUACUCUACCUAAAGCCGUGGAAAGUACACCCUGUGAUAGAAGGGUUGAGUUCAAGAAGGCUGAAUGUCCAAAGCAGAAGAAAAUAGUUCCUAAAGUUUCAAAAGCACAAAAGUACUCCCACAAAAAAUAGAAAGCACUGAAAAUUUUACAAUUCCUACUUUUAAUAUAUUUAGAAAAAAGUACUGGUAAUGAAUACAGUCAUAUAAAAAGGGUAGUUGACGUUCUUUU